UUGCGUUCGUGUGUUUCACGGUCGCGCACACACAAUUCGCGCUUAAAAGCUCUUAGUGAGAGCGCGUUCGCGCUCGCUUGCACCCCCCACACACCGUUCGGUUAGCCCGUUCACACACAUACAACUAAAGUGCGGCUUCUCGGAUUCGCAAUGAAAAGCGCGUCUGUGUUCGCAUUGGUUCUUCGGAGAGCGUAGAAAAGCUGUUGUUAAGCUUAAGCAGAAAAGGUGUCAACGUCAACGCAAACAAGCGCAAAGUGUAUGGGCUGUGCUCCCGGUUAACGCUGAUCCGAGCGAGUGCAUGUGAUUUUUAAUAGAAUGUGCUAUUUAAUUUUGACAGUAAACUGUUAAUUGUUAACAAAAAUCUCAGUGUGCAUAUGCCUCUCUGGUUGUUGUUGUUGCACAACAAAAGGCCAAUAACAACAAAAACAACAUAAUAAUAACAAGAGCAAAUCGUAAAUCAAACAUCAACAAUAACAACAACUACAACAAAAAAAAAACAGAAAACGCCAUAUAAAAAAAUAGAAAUAAACAUUUCAAAUUAACGCUAACUCUUUAUCAUGGAUAUGAACAUAAAGGCGUCUAAACGCGCCGAAAUUGAACAGUUUUUAUUAGAUGUGCGUGCGCACUUUCGAGCCUCGCUGGAGACAUCCGAGUAUGAGAACACUUCGAAUCUGUUUCAUGUCACGGCCUCGGAACAAACACAGGAGCUGCUGGACAGAUGCGAGCAACUGCUCUCGGGUUAUGGAGCAGACGAGCAGGCGGCAACAAAUGCUGCUCAAGUGCCAACGACGGUCAUUAAAUCGAAUGGCCACGAUGCGGAUGGCAAAGUGGGCGCCGAGACCGGUUGCUAUCUCGAAAUGUUGUCCACCAGCUCCACCGCCUCCUCCUCCUUAGUAGCGGCAGCACCAGCCAAAGCCACAACAUCUUCCUCAUCGAGGAACUCACUCUCCGCCUCGCGCGAGUACAUCGAUCUGAGCAGCAAUCCCUCGCUCAACAGUGAUAAGACCUUUCGCUGCUCCAGCAUACAGGCGCUGGCUGCCGAUGAGCUCCAGCCACAACAGGACCAGCAGCUCUACGACAUCUGCCAGCAUCAGGGCGAAGAGGAGGCCGAAGCGGAGACACAACAGGUCUUUGCCCACGAGCUGUUCAUCAAUUGCCCCUAUGCCGAUCUGCCCGCCGGCCACUUGGCACUGCAGCGAUCCACCAAAUACGGCCAAUUGCAGCGGAUCGAGAAGCGACUGUUCUUCGACCAGAGCAAGAAGUAUUACUGUGGCAUACUGAACGAUUGGAUGUUGUGCUAUGCAGAUGGUCCGACCGCCUGUCGGCCCAGCAGCAGCCUCUACCUAAAGAGCUCGGCGAUUGAGAUCGAGCACUUCGGUGAGGGCAAGCGGCGUGAGAUUUGCUUUCAAAUCACAACCGCCGAUCCGAGCAAGAAGUUUGUGUAUCAGGCAAACAACGAGGUCGAUGCCAAAGAGUGGAUCCAUGCCAUUGAGGCGGCCAUACGUGGCGAUGCCAUUGCCCAAGCAUCGCUUAAAAUGCUACGCAAACUGCCUACGCCGCCGACGAUGAAGAAGCUUAGCUAUUCCCCUCCAGCAGCGGCGAUAGCAGCAACAGCAACAGCUGCAGUCACAUCGCCAACCGACAGCAUUUAUGAGGAGCCAUCGCCGUUGUACAACUUUGGCGAUGCUUCGACGCCGCCGCGGCUGCCGGAAAAAUGCAACAGUCCGAGUGCAUUGGCCAAACGUUUCGAAUACGAUAUACCAAAGUGUCCACCACAGCCGCUAGUUGUGGCGAAUGAAUCGACUGGCGGUGCCGAAGUGGAGACCACCGAGCUGCUCAAUGGCGGCGAACUGAAACCGUUGCCCAUACCAUCGAGUCUGCACGGCAGUUUGGCUCUGGACUUUCAGGCCAAGGUGAAGACGGUGCACAGUGAGUUGUCUAGUCAACUGACCAGUCCGGAGCGCCUCAAGAAGGCGGUGAAGAAGAGCUACUCCAGCGGCAACAGUGACACCGAAAUGCUAUCGCUAACGAAUCCAAAUCCCCAAACGAAUCUCACCCCAAAGGAGCAGAAGAAACAACGCAAAUCGCAAAGCCCUCAAGCGAGUCCGCAGAAAACGCCCGCAAAGGAAUCCGAUAAGGCGGCUAAAAAUUGGUUUCUCAGUCGCCUCAAUAAGUCCGCCACCGGUCUGAGCACACGCUCCUCCAACUCCAGCAGUAGUGUCAGCAGUAAUACAACCAGCACGCCACCAAAUGCCAAGUGCAAACAGAGCGAAAAGGAGAAUCUGCUCAAUAGCCUCGAUCUCUGCGAUGGCAAUUAUGAUGGGGCGCCCAACGAUCAGCAGCCGAGCAGCAAUCCCACAUCCCCAUGUUUGAAGGCCGAAGCCAAGAGCAAGGUGAACAUGAUCAUCAAUCAGUUCGAGAGCAGUGGACAUCUGUCGACUAUGUUCAGCGUGGAGGCAUUGGCGGCCAAUGCGUUGGCCUCGCUCACCUCCUUCUGCGAAAGCGACAACUGCAACAACUACGAGCCAAUUAUGCCGCUCUCCUCGCCGCCCAGCAGCUUUCUCAAGAAGGUGUAG